UUCUUUUUUUUUUUUCCCAUCUUUGUUGCUUCUCAACAACAGCAACAAAAUUUUCCCUUUUUCCUGCUUCGUAGUGGGAACAAUCUGAAACUGAAUUCAGGGAUUGAGGAGAAGCCUCUGAUCAAGUCAAGUAUGGGAUCAGGUGAUUGGUUUAAAACAUUUAUUAGCUUAAAGAAAGUGAAGGAAGACGGAUCUAAACACGGAAAGGGAAAAUCUGCGCCGGCCCAAAAAGCAAAUGGGUCUAUGUGGAGGUAUCUCUCUGGUAAAGAGUCCACGGCUCUGGCUAUCGCAAAUGGAUCGUCCAGUAAGAGGUCCAGAAGGAGGGGAAUUACAGAGGAUACUGCUGCCACUCGAAUUCAGACUGCCUUCAGGAGAUAUGUGGCAAGGAAAGCGGUACAUCGACUAAGAGCAAUAGGAAGAUGUAGAGGUGCUAUAGCUGCUUUGACCGCCGAAAAGCAAGCAUCUUCUGCUCUGAUCCAUAUACAUUUUUGGAACAAAAUGCAAGCUGAGAUUAAAGCUCGUCGACAAGGGAUGGUCAACGAAAACCGAAUACAGCAGAAGAAGCAAGAAAACAGGCUGAAACUUGAGGCUAAGCUUCAAGAACUAGAGGUUGACUGGUGUGGUGGCUCUGAAACCAUGGAAGAAAUUCUCCAAAGGAUACAACAAAGAGAAGUUGCAGCUGUUAAAAGGGAACGUGCCAUGGCUUAUGCCUUUUCUCAUCAGUGGAGGGCGAAUUCUAGCCACUACUUCGGCCAGGCUUAUUAUGAUCUCGGAAAAGAUAGCUGGGGAUGGAGCUGGAAAGAGAGGUGGAUAGCAGUUCGUCCAUGGGAAACCAGAGUUCUAGCCAACUCAAAGAAAGUUCAUUCCAAGCAGGGAGACAGAGUAUGGAAAACCACAAGCCCUGCUGCCAUGAAACUCGUUGUCACAGUUAAACCCUCAUUAUUCAACGGGAAAGGUUUGCAUCAGGCAAGACAACUCCCUGACCAUAUCAUCGAGAAGCAAGCUAGCCAAAAAACUUAAAAGAGCCAAUUAAUGAUUCAGAACAUGGGGCCAAAAAACCCAAAAAAAAAAAAAAGAAGAAGAAGAAGUUACAAUACCGGUUCUGCGUAAAUUAUUCUGGCUUGGUGUGCGACGAAAUUGAAGAAAACGGCCCAUCAUUUCUGUACAGAACAAAGGGAAGACCUGUUGAGAUAAUCCUACAUUACUAUUAUAUACUAUAUUGCUAAUUAUGUCGAUGAUGAUAUUUUACGUCGUUUUGUGAGAUAUUCGUACAUGACCUGGAUCGAGUACAAUAAGUGUGUACUAGCGUACAAACAUUUGUU